AAACACCAACGAGCUGAACUCAGCUACCUGGUUGACAGGCCAAGACGUGUCAACAGCUCGGCUUUCCAGGAGGCAGACCUGGUGAGCUCCAAAGACAGUGGCCACGGAGACAGCGAGCAGGGAGACAGCGACCACGACGCCACUAAUCGAGGCCAUUCCUCCGCCAGCCUUUCAUGGAGGACAAUGGGGUUUGAAAAGGGGCUGAGACUGACGGAUACUGAGGGCCUGGGACAGGGGCAGGCUGGUGCCGAUCUGUUCUCUAACUGCACGGAGGAGUGCAAGGCCCUGGGCCACUCAGAUCGCUGCUGGAUGCCGAGCUUCAUGCCCUCCGAUGGGCGCCAGGGUCCGGACUACCGCAGCAACCUCCACGUGCCUGGCAUGGACUCUGUCCCCGACACAGAGCGAGGAAAAGGGUUUGCUAGCUCCUUCCGGGUGGACAUAUCGGAAACCGCGUGACUUUGCACAAUCACUCCCUGAUGACCAAGGCUGUAAAAAUCAACAACGAAAAAAACCAAGAAGCAUUACGUUUUCAACACAUUUUACCCUCCCUUCCUCAUCCCUCCUCACCCAGCAAAAAAUAAAUAAAAAUAAAAAAGAAUAAAUAAAAACACACUACAAAACACAAAAUGUGAAUCACCACCCCCUUGUCCCAUUUGAGGAACUAAGAGUUCCUUCCUUUCUGGAAUUCCUUGGAUCACUGCCGGGCUUUGGAGGCACCCCUCUCUCAGGAAGAGGAGACGGUCGGACACGGAGGAGAGGGGGGUGGGACAGAUGGGUGCGGGCAGGUAGACGGAUAGCCUUAUACUGGGAGGACCCCCAUUGUCUCAGCGGGACUGAGAAACAAACAGAGGAGGAGGAAGUCAGCGUUGACGGAGAGACGAAACUGUUCUCUAGUCUCGUGCCGUUCCUUUUCCAAUCUGCGUGUGCCUGUUUACAGCACGGAUGUGUACGUCUCUGAGGGAAACGUUACCACAUGAGGACCAGAUGUGUAUACUGAAGACAAACUGAAAUGACAGCCACACAGAGAAACCGCCACUGAGCCCUUUAGGCAUUUGUACUCGCAGAGAGACGCCAAAUUGUACAGGAGAAUCUUUGUGCAUUUCAAAAUGCAAUACCACAGUUUUAGAAUUUUCUAUUCUGUUUAUGUGGUCAGGUGUCUCUAUUCUGAUCUACUUCAAACUUUGUAAGAAAAGAUUGUGGGCAGGAUGUUUUUUUUAUUUAUGUUUCUUCUUUGUUUUUUUCUGAGUUCUUUUCAUUUUGUUUUUGUUCUCUUUCAUUGGAUUUGGUCUGUUUGCCAAAUCCCGGGCUUGGACAGUGUUUAGCCUGCACUUUUCUGAGGUGUCAAGUAGUUUCUAUCAUGUGUGAGAAGUGUUUACUGUACUCUUUUAAAAGUUUCAAGCUGAAUAUAAAACUAUAUAUAAAUCCAUCUAUAUCUACUUGUUCUGAAGGCGUGCUAUCCAUUUGGUUCCACGCUCUGAUUCAGAGGUUUGACUCGUGGUUAAAAGCCUCUGAUGAAGGCUGUUGUUUUAUUUUAUUUUCCCACUGGGAGACAGAGGUUCUCAUUGUUUGACAUUAUUUCAUUUUUUUUUUGUUUCCACUUUUGGAUCUUGAUAAAGAUUAUGUCUAUAAAUAAAAAGAAGGUAAUAAUUUAGAUUGAAAUCAGUGGUAAUUUUGUGUCAUUGUAACCAAAACUUUAAGGGUACAUUUAUUAAGAAACAGGACAAUAACGAGGCCAAAUGCAGAAGGUGUUGUACACAAAUGCAGUUGGAAAGCAGUCGACACUCAUUUCUUUCUCACACAUUACAAACACACCAAUAUGCCAACAAUAAACGGAAACAAAUGGUGAAAAG